UACUCCGCUACACACUUGUAUUCUGAAAAGACAUGGCCGGAUGUGUCAGUCCAUGUCCCCGCCAGCGAUCGGAACACUUGGCAGUUGUUUCCGGAACGCGAGUGUGAUUGCAGUGAACCCACGCUGACACAGACGUGAACUGAAGCCGGUGUUUGGACCCACGUGCGUGAGUGUGUGUGUGCGUGUGCGUGCGCGUGUUGCCGUUCCGUGAGCCGAUCGUCAUGAUGCUGGAGAGGAGCAGGGUGACGGUGGUGGCGGAGAUCUUGUUCAGCAGGAGACUCUCAUCUGAGGAGCAGGAGGAGAGAAUUCACUGUCGCUGCUCCAGAGCCUUCGUGCAGGACCGGGCGCUGUAUCGCUCUGAUAACAGACUGCUCCCGUUUGAUCCGGCAGACACCAGAGUCCAAGAAGCAGAUGAUGAAGAGGAGGAGGAGGAAGAAGAGAAGGAGGAGGUGUUGGAUGAAGAGGCUCAGCUGAUGGCCAGCAUGGGUCUGCCCGUGACCUUCCUCUGCUCCUCCGACCGGAGGAGAGCGGGGAGGAGGUCCAACAGGAAGCCUGCCCCAUACCAGGCAGAGUCAGCCGAAGGGGAGGAAGACGAUGUCCAGGUUGACCACACAGAUGGUGUGAAGGAAGCGUGUGAUCCACCGGAGGAAGCAACAGGAGGGACCGAUGCUGCCGGCUGGGAGACCUACUGGGCUCAGCAGGGACAAGCUCUGCUGUGGAGCAGCUGGCUGGAGAAACACCCAGAGACUGAUCCAGGGUCAGUGACUGCUCUUUGGGAUGACCCGGACACAAACGCAGUCUGGGACAAACACGCCGCAGAGACCUACUACUCCUACUGGGAGCAGUACUCCUACUGGUCGGCACAGGGCUGGACCACUGGUGGAGAAGAAGCAGCAGCAGCAGCAGCAGGUGGGGGGGUGGGCGGAGACAAAGAGGCACACCCAGAGGACCAGAGGGAUGGGCAGCCCGGGGCUGAGAGCCAACAGAGAGACCAAGAAGGCGGGGGGGAUUUAAAUGAUCUGCUUGGACAGAAGUGCACAUUGGAAGCCGGUGGGAGAUGUGUAAGCGACUCGGAGGCGGACCGACAGCGUGUGGGCGUGGCUGAGCCUUCUGAUGGGGGGGGCGAUGGCAAGAGACCUGCAGCCUCCUCACCGCAGAACAACGCUGAACACACGGGGUUGAUCCCCGGUCUGGGCGGUCCUUCUGUGAGGAGUCUGCAUGUUCUCCCCGUGUCAGCGUGGGUUCCCUCCGGGUUCUCCAGGUUCCUCCCCCAGUCCAAAGACUGCUCAGAUUCCCAGCAGGCAGCUGGCAGCCCUGACAGACGGGAUGGCUCACGGGGUCAAAGGCCAAGUAGAGACAACGAUGACGAUGACGACACACCUCCAGGAGGAGGACGGGCCAAAGUCAAACGCAGUCAUGAGCUGGAUGUGGAGGAGAGCCCAAAUCUGACCCCUGAGGAAGCUUGGAGUAAACUGGGACUCAAACACAACCCGGACCCUCUGUUCCACAGUGUGCUGAGCUUCAAAGGCGGCGCUGGUGAGACGCGUCCGAAGCAGCGCUGGAAGAAGAGAGCAGUCCACAAACACACCAGGUUCUCAGGGUCGUGUGGAGACGACGCGCAGACCAGCACCUCCCUCUCCAAGGUCAAAAACUUCCUUGAACAGAACCAGAGAGAGGCACAGAUGAGUCCACGUGGCCAGCGUGAGAUGGGAGGAGGGAGCUCACAAGAACCCCUGGACAGGCCUCCAGUUCUGGAAGAAGUGAUGGGAGAGGAAGAGGAGAGGAGGAGGAGGAGGAGGACAAUGCAAAGCACUGUGGAGGGAAACACAGAGCCUGUAGAAGAAGGAGAUGGUUCUUAUUCUCUGUUCAGUUUAGAUGCAGGGAGAAAUCUCAACUCUGCCACUGGGACUGUGCUAAGUGAGAGAGAGGAGGAGGAGCAGGAGGAGCAGGAGGAGCAGGAGGAGGAGGAGGAGCAGGAGGAGCAGGAGGAGCAGGAGGAGCAGCCCGGCAGACAGUUAACACAUCUAGAAAUUCCUGACUUUCUCAUGUCUGGUGCACCUGAAGGCAACGGUGAGUUGAGUGGGAAAAAUGGAAAGAAAGCAAAGAAUAAGAAGGGCAAGCGAGGGAGGAGGAGGCAGCCGGUCCCAGCGGAGAUGGCAGCAGAACCCGAGCUGGCUAAGUACUGGGCCCAACGCUACAGACUCUUCUCCCGCUUCGAUGAAGGGAUCCGGCUGGACCGAGAGGGCUGGUUCUCCGUGACACCGGAGAGGAUCGCUGAGCACAUCGCCCUCCGGGUGGAGCACAGCUUCCCCGACUCCCAGCUGGUCAUCGACGCCUUCUGUGGCGUAGGAGGAAACGCCAUCCAGUUCGCCCUCGCUGGAAAGAGAGGGUCCAAGGUAAAAGACUCUUUCCCCUGCUCGGUUCCCUUCUCAGUUCUGGCCAUUGAUAUCGACCCGGUGCGGUUGGACUUGGCUCGGCACAAUGCUGUGGUCUACAACGUCGCCGACCGGAUCGACUUCCUGCAAGGAGACUUCCUUCAGCUGGCACCCCGUCUCCAUGGCGAUGUGGUCUUCCUGUCACCGCCAUGGGGAGGGCCAGACUACCUGACCGCUGAGGUGUUUGACAUCAAGACCAUGAUGCAGCCUGAAGGAUUUGAGAUUUUCCGCCUGGCCAAACUGAUAUCAGACAACAUUGUGUACUUCCUGCCUCGCAAUGCUGACAUGGAUCAGAUCGCCUCUCUGGCUGGUCCAGGGGGGAAGGUGGAGGUGGAGCAGAACAUGCUCAACAACAAGCUGAAGACGUUGACCGCUUACUUUGGCAGCUUGAUAAAGUCCGACAGCGAAUAACCCCAAAGGACCAAUAAGGAUUUCUUCUUCCACUUAGGCUUUUUGUCAUAUUGCAGGUGUGAAAUCUCUGUAUGAAUCUGAAGUUAUUCUGCAACCACCCUGCAUGUUUGAGUUAAAGGAAUACUUAAUUUCCAAAAUGCUCCUUCAUUUAACAAUGUGUCACCCUGUGUGACCUAAACCAUCUUUCCAACUAGGAACUGAGAACGGAGGAAAGUCCAGGUGGAAACACAGGGAAUAAUGACACACUUUGGAAUAAUAACGUUUAUGCCUAAGUGUUUUAAAUCGUAAGGUUUUAUUCAAGAUGCAUGUGUUUAGAAAGUAGACUUUGAUUAUAUUGCAUCCCAUAAUGUGGGUGAAAUAUUUCUGAAACCUAGUUUCUUAGUUUGAUGUAUUCUUCAGAUUAAACGUGGGAGUCACCUAGUGGUGGUGUAGCAGAAUGCAACGAACUGAAAGCCGGGCCGCUUUAGAGCCAGCGUCUGUUCAAAAGGAACGAAUACACAAAGAUUUUAAUUUUCUGGUGAUUAUACACAAAAGAAACCAUUCUUUUUAAAUGUAUUACAUUCUUUGCCAGAUAUUUCCCCCAUAAAUGCUACACAAUGGCCCUUUAAGUUAACACUUAAAAAAGACAGGGUUUUUUUACAAAUACAUUUUUUUGUACAUUAGAGCUAAUAAAUAUUUUUCACAAUGUU